CGAGGGCGAUGAUCAAGCAUAGUUUAGAAGUAGAGGGCUUACUUGAUGCAGUGGACAUUGUUGGAACAAGUGGUGAUGGAGCAAACACUGUUAACAUUUCGACUGGAGCUUCAAUACUUGCUGGAGCUUGUGGUACCAAAAUUGCAAAGCAAGGAAAUCGUUCAAGUUCUUCAGCAUGUGGAAGUGUCGAUGUAUUAGAAGAGUUGGGGAUAGUUAUCGACCUGGAACCUGAGGUUUUCCAAGAUUUCAUAGUGAGCCCACCUUUGCAUGCCUUCAAACAAUAGACCCACUCAAAUAUUGUCUUUCCUUAGUAUGUUCUGGU